UGAUUACCACUAUUUUUCUACGUGGCAAUUUGUCCCACAACAGACUUUCACACCCCACUUCUUCACUUCUUUUUUCUUUUAUAUAUAUUCUCCCACUGUUCUUCCUUUGUCCUAAUCUGCCCCUCAGUCCAAGCCAUGUCUGUCCUUUCCUCUUCUUCUUCUUCCUCUUCCUUUGUUUUGACUUGUUUGCUCAUCAUCACCUUCCACUCCUCAAAUUGUUUAGCCAAAGACACCAAUGCCACUCGCCGCCACCGCCAAGUCUCCUCUGACUAUUACGCCACAUCAUGCCCCCAGCUGGAGCAGCUCAUUGGGUCUGUCACCAGCCAACGGUUCAAAGAAGAACCGGUCUCCGGUCCGGCCACCAUUCGCCUCUUCUUCCAUGACUGCUUUGUAGAAGGCUGUGAUGCAUCGAUAUUGAUAUCAUCGAAGCCGGGAAGCAAACAGUUGGCGGAGAAGUAUGCAGAGGAUAACAAGGACCUGAGGGAAGAGGGGUUUGAGACGAUAAUGAAGGCCAAAGCCUUGGUGGAGAGCAAGUGCCCUGGUGUAGUUUCUUGUGCUGACAUUUUAGCAAUUGCAGCCAGAGACUUUGUGCAUUUGGCAGGGGGUCCUUACUACCAAGUGAAAAAAGGAAGGUGGGAUGGAAGCAUAUCAAUGGCAUCAAGGGUAGCCCCGAACAUCCCGCGCGCAAAUUCCACCGUCGAUCAGCUACUCAAGCUCUUCGGCUCCAAAGGGUUAACAGCGGAAGACUUAGUCGUCCUCUCGGGCGCGCAUACAAUCGGCUUUGCGCACUGCCGGAAUUUUGUAAGCAGACUUUACAACUAUCGUGGCACCAAGCAGCCGGACCCGGCCAUCGAUCCGAGGCUCCUCAAGGCAUUGACAAUGUCGUGCCCACGCUAUGGUGGCAACACUGACAUUGUUGCACCAUUUGAUGUUACCACCCCAUUCUUGUUUGAUCAUGCUUAUUAUGGCAAUUUGGAAGCUAAACUCGGGUUAUUAGCGACGGACCAAGGUUUGUUUUUGGACCCGCGGACCAAACCAGUUGUUCAAGCUUUGGCAAAGGAUAAGAACAAGUUUUUCCAAGCUUUUGCAGCAGCCAUGGAGAAAAUGGGUUCAAUUGGGGUGAAGAGGGGAGGAAAACAUGGAGAGAAAAGGAAAGAUUGUAGUAUGCAUAUCUCCUGAUCAUGAUUAGCUUUGAGUAAUUUGGAUUCAAUUUGGUGUUUGGAAUUGGAAUAAUUAAUUGGAGAGAGGAUUAAUUGGUGACCAAUAAAAAACUAGCUAGGAUAAUCGUUUUCAUCACAUGAUGUAAUUUCAAUUUAA